GAGGAGGAAUGGGGGGAAUGGGAGGAGGAAUGGGAAGUGGAGGAAUAGGGUCAAGAGCUGGUGAGCCUUACCGCCUGGCCACUCACGAAGCUCCUACCUCUCCUAGACAUAUGCAGUCCAGCCAGGCCUCUGGAAUGGGGCAGGGCCCAGGGUCUGGUCAAGGGAUGGGUCAUGGUCCAGCUGGGUCUAGCAUGGGGGGUCAUGGAGGUCAAAGUCCCGGUCAGCAUGCCUCUCGCCGAAACCUCCAAGUUGACUUCAGUGGUUCCGGCGGCUCCAGGACAGGUCGGUCUCCUUCUUUGUCUCCUGACCGUGGUGUGACACCCACCUCACCAUACUCAGUGCCACAGAUAGCACCCAUGCCGAGCAGCAAGCUGUGCCCAGUGUGCACCACCACAGAGCUGUCCAACCCACCGGCUGUGCCCAACUACAACACCUGCACCCAGUGCAAGGCCACUGUGUGCAACCAGUGUGGAUUCAACCCCAACCCCCACCUCACUGAGGUCCAGGAAUGGCUGUGUCUGAAUUGUCAGAUGCAGAGAGCUCUCGGCAUUGAUAUGACCACGCCUCGUUCUAAGAGCCAACAGCAGAUUCACUCUCCGUCCCACCAAGCCAAGCCCAUUGUCCAGCCUCAGCAGCCUGCGCCUCAGCCAACACAGCCGACAGCAGCAGCGCAGCCAAAAUCUUUGGCACAGAGUCAGCCCACCCAGCGGCAGCAGCAGCAACAGCAACCUCAGUCUCAGCCCUACAGCCAGACUCAGCCCUACUCCCAGUCGCAGCAGUAUCCACAGUCUCAGCAGCAGUCAUAUGCUUCGUCACAGCUAGGGUCUCAGACUCAGUCUUAUACGUCCCCUGGCUUACAGAGACAUCCAGGCCCUGGUGGCUCCCAGUCUCAUACAGGGCCCUCUCAGCAGGGCAUGAGAUCUGAUCCAUACUCCCAGACCGGUCCUGGAGCUCCAGGAACUAUUAGAGGUCCCACAGGAGGCUUUAGCCAACCAGGGGGUCCUCGGAUUCCUCACCCUGGUGCAGUACCCCUCCCUGGUUUGACCAAGGCACCUUCCCAACCCGAUUUGGGUCGUGGUUCCCCAAUGCACCAAUCUAUGGCACGGCACGACCAGACCAGAAGUGCUGGAUCCUCCCCAGCCCACAGACCUCAGAGUCAGGCCCCUCCUGCCCAGGACGGCCUGACCAAACUGUUUGGCUUUGGGGCAUCACUGCUUAAUCAGGCUAGUACCUUAAUCAAUGUUGACCCGCUACCUACCGCCUCCACCCAGCCAAGCCCCGCACGAGGCAAGGUGGUGUUCAGUAAUGCAACACCUGACAACAGGCAGCAACAACAAGGGACCACCAGUACUAAACCAUUCACAAUGGGGGGCCCUCAUGCUCCAAGCCAAAUGGGUGGUCCUAAUGUUCAAAGUCAAAUGGGAGGUCCUUAUGCUUCAAGCCAAAUGGGGGGUCCUCAUGCACCGAGCCAAAUGGGAGGUCUUCAUGCACCAAGCCAAAUGGGUGGUCCUAUGGGUGGACCCCAUAUGCCAACCCAGAAGCAACAGCAGCAGACCAUGCCCCAACAACAGGAAAUGCAGAAGCAGUCACCUGCUCAUCAACAGAAAGGACAGCAAGGACAAAAAACACAGCCACAAGGACAGCAACAGCAGAAAACACCUACUCAUCAGCAGAAAGUGCAGCAGAAGCAGGAGCCUGUGGCAGCAGCACCUGCGGUUGCUCCAGAGCCUGUGAAACCCAAAGUGAACUGUCCUCUUUGUAAAACAGAGCUGAACAUCGGUAGCUCCAACCCACCUAACUACAAUACCUGCACGCAGUGUCACAGCCAAGUGUGUAACUUGUGCGGCUUCAACCCAACACCACAUCUGGUGGAGAAAAAAGAGUGGUUAUGUCUUAACUGCCAGACCCAGCGGCUGAUGUCUGGAGAAGGUCUUGAUGAGCCUCCACUUCCUGUUCCUCAUCCGUCUCCCAAGCACCAACCCACGGGCUCGCCUCGGCACCAGACACCAAUCAGUCAGCAAAGUCCCCUCCACAAACCUACCACCCAGCAAGGGUCCAAGCCAGGCCAGCCCCAAACACAGAGCCAGAAGCCACAGGCGGGAAGUGUCGUUAGCAGCCCGUUUGCACCCACAGCUGCCAAACAGCCAACUGAGACCAAGACUACAGCACCAUCCACGACACCAGUAACAACAACAGAGAUCGAGAAACAGCCAAAACCAUCAGAGGAAAAGCUCAAGACUGAGCCCGAGAACCAAACUUCCAAAGAGACCAAGCCCUCCCAGAAGAAAGGAGAGCAGAUCACACCGAUCAAGGAAAUUAAGAAGUCCAGGCACUAUGAUGAUACAAAAAACAACAGCACCCACGACUUGUCACGCAGCCCUCAGAGUCUCAGUGACACCGGCUACUCAUCUGAUGGCAUCUCCAGCUCCCACAGUGAAAUCACAGGUCUAAUCCAGGAAGAAGAGAUGAAGUUGAGUGAAAGGGGAAUCAGUAGCCGGGGCUCCCCACCAAGUCCCUCUGAAAUCACCAAGCUGGAAAGCUCCAUGAGGCCAUUACUAGAGAAGAGCUUCUCUGAAGAGAAGGCAGACAGAAGGGGGAGGAAGCACAGAGACAGAGAUUUGGAUGACAGAGGGAAGCAACGCCCACGUUCUCUAUCAAUCCCGCCAGAUGCAUAUGACUCUGAUGAGGAGCUGGAAGAUAUACUGGAGGAGGAAGAAGAUGGGGGAGACUGGGACGGUAAGCGAAAGGAAGGAAAAGAGGAGAAGAAGGAGAAGAAAAAGAAAGAAAAGGAAGCUGAGCCCACAGAGAUGACCGAUGAGGAGUUCAUGAGGAGACAAAUAAUGGAGAUGAGUGCUGAUGAAGACAAUGAGGAGGAGGAGGAAGAAGAGAUGGAGGAAGAUGAAGAUGAGGAAGACGAAGGAUAUGGCUACCAGAAACCCAAGAAAAGCCACCAUAAGCACAUAAUCUCUGACUCAGGGAAAGAAAAGAGACGCCUUCAGCACCAUUCCAGUAGUUUUGAGGAGGAGACUAAGAGCUCCACUGAUGUUUAUAAAGGCUCAGUAGAAGAGGGUGAGGAAGAUUUGAUGGCAUCGCAAGGAGGUCUGAGGCGCUUCAAAACAAUUGAACUCAAUAACACCAAUAGCUACAGUCGAGACAUCGAGCUGAGCAAUGAAAACGACUUAAGCCUUGAUCGGGAACCAGAGCUAGAAAUGGAGAGUCUGACGGGCUCUCCUGAGGAACGUUCUCGUGGUGACUACUCCUCUACUCUGCCACCCACUUCAUCCUCAUAUGGCUCUGGACAAUCUCCUACAUCCAUCUCAUCAAUGGAGGAAGAUAGUGACAGUAGCCCUAGUAGGAGGCAAAGACUGGAGGAGGCUAAGCAGCAGAGGAAAGCACGCCACCGCUCUCAUGGCCCUCUCCUUCCUACCAUUGAAGAUUCUUCAGAAGAGGAUGAACUCAGAGAGGAAGAGGAACUUCUGAGAGAACAGGAAAAGAUGAGAGAAGUGGAACAGCAGAGAAUUAGAAGUACAGCAAGAAAGACCAAGAGAGAUAAAGAGGAGCUGAGGGCUCAGAGGCGCAGAGAAAGGUCCAAGACCCCACCUAGCAAUCUGUCACCCAUUGAGGAUGCUUCUCCAACAGAAGAGCUAAGGCAAGCAGCAGAAAUGGAAGAGCUUCAUCGUUCCUCUGCUUCUGAAUAUUCGCCUCAAAGUCUGGACUCAGAGGCAGAGGGAUAUGAGUCCAAACUUUACAAGUCAGGAAGUGAGUAUAAUCUGCCAACCUUCAUGUCACUCUAUUCCCCAGUAGAGAAAACAACUGCAACCACCACCACAGCACCAUCUUCAACUUCCAAACCUCUGAAGAGUGCUGAGGAGGUUUAUGAGGAGAUGAUGAGAAAGGCAGAGAUGCUUCAAAAGCAGCAGAAACAACAGCAGCAACAACAGCAACAUGGAAGACAUGGGCAGUACUAUGAGGAGGACAUUAAUGGGCAAAGUUAUGAUGAUGAGUAUGAAUAUGAGCAAGAUCAAACAGGAUAUGACAAUGAGGCAGCAGAGACAGAAACUGAUAUUUAUGAGGAGAUUAGACAAACAUCUCAGAACAUUACCAAGAUGCAACAGGCCACAGAUGAGCAAGUAGAGAUUGAAAUUGAGAGCUCUUACCCAGAUAAACAGCUCUUAGAUACAGGCUCAGCCUUUGCUAAGCUACUAGAGCAAAGUAAUGCUCUCCUUACACCAGGUACCAGUCCCACCCAGAUCUCAGCUCCUGUGUCCUUUGCUGAGACUGCAGGGCGAAUCCCUGAUGUCAGAGUAACCCAGCACUAUUCUGCAAAGGAUGGACACAAAGAUAGACUCAAAACCCAAGCAGGAAAGAAUGGAAUAACUCCAACAGUGGCAGCGACCACUAUUGCAGCAUAUGGUGUUUAUGCUAGAGAUGCAGUAACUAUUUCUCAGACUGGUUCAAGCCACACUGUUACGUCCACUCAGUCUGAAAUAGGUCGUAGGCAUACGGGUAGUACAUCCGCAUCUUCAGCUACAGUCUCAAGCGUAUGCAGCAAGAUUGCAGAGAUUACCCAAGCCUACAGUCAAAGAGAAGUCAUUACCAGAAGGGUAGGGGAGACCAGGGGGAUCCAAGUGCGAGACAGCUCAACAUCUUCUAUUGAGAGAAUUAUUGAGCCCCGCUCUCCCAAGUAUACUACUUAUUAUAGAAGCACCAGUCCUCCUCUUUCACCAUCACCACCACCACCACAGAGUCCCACUCGCUCUCCUUCAAGAAGAGCUACAGCUGAGUUCUCUACACAGACUUUCAGUUCAGCAUUGCGAAUGGAAUCAGCAGGCUCUGGUCCUACUUCACCAGUAAUGGCUCAGGGAACCCAAACAUCACAUCGAUCAGUUUCCCCUAGGCUCUAUCGACAGCAAUCCUCUCAGGAUGCCCCAUACUCCCCUCCUUCAAGCCCAGCUAGGCCAACGACAGUCAAUACUGCAACUUCCCCGCUGUCUUCUCCUACCCGAUUUAGCCGCCAAUCGACAUUUGAUACUUACUCUCCAUGUGGCAGCCCUCCAGACACACCACCUUACCACCACUCUCCUACACGGAGCUUUUAUCAUACACAAAGAGUGGAGAAAGUAAAUGUCGGAACAAGCAUGGUCACCACAGCCAGCAUAUACACCAGAGGGUCUGUUUCAAUGGAUAAUAUCUCCCUCUGUAGGAUAUCUACAGUCCCAGGGACUUCGAGGGUAGAGCAGGGCCAUAUGAUUCAUGGUGGAAGUGUUGUGGACCUUAGAACAGCAACCAAACCAGCUCCUAUUAUUAUGACUGACCAAGGAAUGGAUCUCACCUCCUUAGCCACAGAAAGCAGAAAAUACCAUGGUGGACCAGAGGGUACCAGACAUUCAACGAUUGUACAGCCACUGAUUAUGAACUUGAACACACAGGAAACCACCACACCAACCACUGUGAGUGUCACCGUAGCUGCUUCAAUGUUCAUGACCCAGCCAAAACAGCCAGCAGUUUAUGGUGAUCCACAUCAAAACCGAGUGGAUCUGGGACAAGGCAUGGGUUCAGCAGUUUGUCUCUCCCAGAAUAAACCAGUUUCACCUCCAACUGACCCAUCAAUACCAAAAAUUGAUGCCAAACUGGAAGACCUCAGUAUACAACAGAGAGAGCUUCAAAAACAACAAGAGAAGCUGCAGAAACAACAAGAGCUCCUGGAACAACAGUUGCAACAGCACCAUCAGAUGCAACAACAGCAGCAACAGGCAUCGGUUUUAGCUAGGUACAACCUUACUGGCCCAAUCUCACCUUUACUGAAAAAAGAUUUGCUCGUCAGUCAGACAACCACUGCUUCAGCUGUGGUCAGUGCUGUAUCACCAAUCAUUAACCCUGAAUUGUAUGGCGCUGGUCCAGUUGAACUCAAAGGAAAGCCCAGUCCUCCUGGUUUGAUGUCAGGAGGUAAAUCGCCACAUAGUAUGGUUGUACAAAUGGAUGGGGGGCCAGACCCAGCCAGGGCUGUGACUCAGCUCGUCAAGGUAGAAGAAGGACAGGAUGCUGUAGAUCUGACAGGAGGCCAAAUUAAGCCUGACAACCAACCAGCUUGCUGUGAUGUUGUUUAUCGACUUCCAUUUGGUGGAACCUGUGUUGGUGCUCCUGAGAAAGAAGGCAUAAGGCCUCCAUCUGCCCCACCUCUCACCUAUGAGUCUGACCAAGAAAGACAGCCUGGAAGGUACCAUGAGUAUCCAGUGGAUGGGCGUAAGGCCUACACGUUACCUUUUCCUGGUAGGCUCCAGCCUUCAAUGUCUGAUACAAACCUUGCUGAUGCUGGGUUACAGUCUUACCAUUCUAAACUGGAACCACAUCUCCAAGCUUCAGGAGAACUUGCCAUGGAUCUAACUGCUAUGAAACAGGCCUAUGGAGGAUAUGUGGGGAUGCAGUAUGGCUCCUACACAGAUUUACGGCAUGGAGGAGACAUUGCAGCACAAACACUGCCUAUCAGAAGAUACAAUUCCUUGUCCAACAUCAGUUCAGAUUAUGGCUAUUCUGCUCGUGACAUUGCUAACUUCCAAGAAGCUAACUUGGCUCAGUAUAGUGCCACAACUGCAAGGGAGAUUAGCCGAAUGUGUGCAGCACUCAAUUCCAUGGAUCGCUAUGGAAGCAACCCAGACUUGAUGCAGUUUGGCAGUUUGAGCAGAGGUACUGGGCCUGUGGCCUCCAGACUUGCAGCUGGUCUUGGCAUUAGGCAAAACCUUCUCUUUGGAUUAGAUGGGAAGCCAAUCUCUCACAGUCAAGCACUAACUAAUCUUAUCAAUGCCAGGCAGGCAAGUCUAAGAGCCAUGUACCCCGCUGCUAUUAGAUCCUCAGAUGGGAUGAUCUACUCAACUAUUCAGACCCCCAUUGCUUCUACACUUCCCAUCACAACCCAGCCUGCCUCUGUUCUUCGACCACUAAUAAGAGGAGUCUACAGGCCAUACCUCUCUGCCAACAUGACACCAGUGCCCCUAUCUAGUCUUAGCAGGCUACCAAUGAGCCCCAGAAUGCCCUUAUCUGGACAAGCUGCAGUCCGUUAUCCAGCACCAGGCCUUCUCCAAACAACAUCAGCCACUGACAUAAGUGCUGCUGCCACAACAACCUCAGCAACUGCAGGGGCCCUAGUAGGUGUUUCCAUGACAACUAGCUCAGUGGUCCAGGAUGAACCAGUUUACCUUGGCAAAGGUACGACAGUGUCCUCUUCAUCAGCAGAGGUCACCUCGGUGCAAGGAACAGUUGUCAUACCAGCUGAUCAGCAGCAGCAGCCAAUAAACCUGUCCCAGGCACACCUGAGUAGCCAACAACAGAAACAAGUAACAACUGUUCAGCAGCCACAACAACCUGCCCCUGCUGCACAUGCUUACCCACUUUCAGGUCCUGCACAAACACAUGGUUACACCCAACCUCCAGCAGUCCUGUCUGCCCCUACUGCUGGCUUACCAAUUCCAGGUGGUCUUCCUCCUUUCCCUCCACCAGGUGCUAUACACAAAGAGGGUGAAACUGAGGCAGAGAGACUGCACCGCCAGCAGGAGCAGCUUCUGCAGAUGGAGAGAGAGCGGGUGGAGCUGGAGAAACUCAGGCAGUUGCGCCUGCAGGAAGAGCUGGAAAGGGAAAGGUUAGAGCUGAAGUUGCACAGGGAGAAGGAGCAGAUGCUGGUGCAGAGAGAGUUACAGGAGCUGCAGAACAUCAAGGAACAGAACAAGCAGUUGAAAAUCUUUCAACUUAAGUCUGUUAAACAGGUUCUGCAGCAGCAACAGCAAGAACGUGAGAAGCAACUUGUUCUACAGCGGGAGCAGCUGGCUCAGCAGAAGUCCCAGUUAGAUCAGAUCCAGUCUUUACAGCAGCAGCUCCAGCAGCAGCUUCAAGAGCAGAAGAGACAGAAAACAGCUGCUGUCGCCCAGAUCAUGCAGCUGGACGGACAGCCGCUGCACCCCUACGCAGACUCUCAUAUGGGCUCCCGUUCUCUGCCCAACUCCUCGUCAGAGAUGUGCCUGAGGAGCCAGGAGGAGCAAAUGGAGGCCAGGACCAACAUGAGAAAACACAGCUCCAUGAGCAGACUGACUAGAGACAGCUUGGAUGGAGAUGGCGUGGUGUUCUACGGCUCCCCCCGCAGGAUUGUGGAUAGCUGUGUGCAGACUGACGAUGAAGAUGGAGAGGAGAGGUACAUGAUGCGUCAUCGCACCAGGAGGCGUGGUCGCAGCGUUGACUGCUCAGUCCAGACAGAUGAUGACGAGGACAAGGCUGAGACAGAGCAUCCGGUCCGCCGAAGGCGCUCGCGUUUCUCAAGGCACUCUGAGUCCAGUGCAGCUGGCAGCAGCACUGCCACUACAGCCACCUUAGCUACUGAUACCAAAACUGACACAACUAAGAUGGUUUCCUCCAAUAUCGGCGUUCAGACAAUCAGGGAAAUGUCUUGCCAGACGGAAGUGGAGCACCUAGGAAGAGUCUCCCCAGCAAUCCAUGUGACAGUACCAGACCCUAAUAAAGUAGAAAUUGUGCACUAUAUCUCUGGACCAGAGCGAACUCAAAAAGGACAAUCUCUGGCUUGCCAGACUGAUCCAGAAGCCCAGUCACAGGGAGUUGUAGCUCCACAGCUAAGCGUACCAACCACAGUCAGUCCAUAUUCGUCCUCUGCCAGUACUGGAACACAACAGUCUGGUUCUGACCUUCUCACCCAGCAGCGCCAGCAGCAGAUUGCCGCAAAUGCUGCCAAAUUUGAGCGCCGACGCCCUGACCCACUCGACAUCAAUUACCAGCCUCACAACCAUCUCCACAAUGAAUCGAUCUCCAGCAUCAUCCGCCAGCAGCAGACAGCCCCCAAAUCUCCACAAGUCCUCUACUCUCCGGUCUCUCCGGUGUCCCCUCACCGCCUCAUAGAGACUUCUCUGUCGAGCGAGCGACUGAACAAGGCCCACGUAACACCUCAGCAGAAGUCCUACACAGCCGAAUCUCCCCAGCGACACCCCUCUGUGCCCCGACCCAUCAAAAGCACUCAGAGGUCAAUGUCAGAUCCCAAGCCUCUGAGCCCCACCACAGAUGAGCACACGAAGGCCAGGUUGUCCCUGUAUCAACAGCAAGCACUCCAGAACCAGCUGGCAGCCCUACAGCAGAGCUCACUGCUCCGCAAGGUCAAGCGAACCCUGCCCAGCCCUCCUCCGGAUGAGACUGCUACAUCAGCUCACCUGCCCAUGAUGACACCAGCCCUCCAACAGGUCUACCUGCCCUCCGUGCCCAGCCUCAAGCCCAGCUCCAGGUCUGGCCUGGCUGCGAAAGCCAGCCUCCUCAAAGACCUCACCCAUGAGCUCAAGGCCGUGGAGCAAGAGUCAACCAAGCUGAGAAAGCAGCAAGCUGAACUAGAGGAAGAAGAGAAAGAAAUUGAUGCUAAGCUGAGAUACCUUGAGCUGGGGAUCCACCAAAGGAAGGAGACAUUGGUCAAGGAGAGGGAGAGAAGGGAUAUUGCCUACCUGAGGUGUAUGGGGGACACCAGGGACUAUAUGUCUGAUAGUGAGUUGAAUAACUUACGUUUAGCAGCUGCAGCUGCGUCACAUGAGAGUAAUGGGCUACUAACAACCAGACCAAGCACCGCCCCUCUCAGCCAGUUCACCAGUGACCUCAACACCGCAGCCCAAUACCCACCCACUUCAUCCUUCCUUUCUUGUCAGUACCCCCAAAGCCAACCAGCAGCUCCAUCUCAGCAACCAAGUGUACCAUACCAGUCUGCAACAUUCAACCAGCCUCCCUACCCAACAGUGUCACAGUCACAGGCACUGCCACAACCCACUCCCCUUCAAACCCAUGCUCCCCCUCCUGGACCUACCUAUCAACCUCAAACCUCAUAUCCUUCUCACACCUACCCCCAAACUCAGCCCCCAUACCCCCAGACAGACAUGGGGUUACCAGCUGCACCUCAGCCUCAGCCUCAGCCAGGGCAUACAGGUUUUGGGCCAGCACCACCCGGUCAGCCACCAUACCCCACCCACAGCUCACCCUAUCCCAGCGCUGUGUCCUCCUACCCCAGCCAGACCACACCAUACCCUGGUCAGCCCCAAGCUGAUAUCCUCACAGUUCAUCCAGGAAGACCUAGGCAGACUUCAUUGGCCGAUCUAGAGCACAAGAUGCCCACCAACUAUGAGACUAUUAGCAACCCUACUGUUGUGGUUACCACUACGGCUCAGGAUGCUACCUAUUCCAGUGCAGCCCCAUCCUAUGCUCAGUACACUGGAGCAACAACCAUGGCAAGCUCGUAUGGGCCCUAUGGGUCAGCACCAGUGUCCAGCAGCUAUGGUGGGUACUCAACAAUGCCCCCCAGUACAUAUGGCCAAUAUACUUCCACUACCGCAAGUUCAUAUGGCCAGUAUACCACAACUACUGCUAAUACUUAUGGCUACACUACCACCACAGCCAGCUCAUAUGGACAGUAUACUUCCACUGUUUCCAAUGCCUACGGGCACUCUGUAGACAGUCCUUCCACCUACAGCACAGCAGAUGGGAUGUAUGGGGCUCCUGGUUUAGAGCAAAACAUUCCGAGGAAUUACAUGAUGAUAGAUGAUGUUAGCGAGCUGACGGCAAAAGAUGGGCUGGGCACGAUGACAGGGGACAUGAUGCAUCAUGGCGGAAGUGGGCGUUACCCGGGCGACAUCCACAGCCACAGCAGCACCACUGGCACGACGCGUGGGGGAACUGGCAGCUCCCCUUAUGGCAGGGCACCCGAGGAGGAAGCAGCGAUGCAGGAAGAGCUGUACGACCACCAUGGCAGGGGUAAGAGCAGCUACAGGCACGGACCUCUAGGGGGCAGCAGCAGCAGCGCUAGCAUGGGUGGGGGAUCCCCCUAUUUCUAUGACUACGACUACAAACAUGGCAGCAUCCGCUCUGGGGUACAGAAACCUUCACCGUCCUCCAGAACCCUUCUGGCUCCUGCUGUCAUGUCGUCCAAGCGCAGCAAGCACAGGAAGCUGGGGAGUAUGGAGCAAAAAAUCUCCAAGUUUUCCCCGAUCGAGGAGGCACGGGAUGUGGAGGCAGACCUGGCCUCCUAUUCCUCAGUGACAGGUGCGGCUUACCCCUCCUCUCACAUUCGAGGACGCCAGCUGAUCGAGGAUUAUGGCUUUAAGAGGAGUGCUUACGACAGCGGCAGUGGCACCACUCAUGGUAGUCGAUACUAUGGUAUGACGGUGGAUGAGGACGAUCGUAUUUACUACACCUCCACUGGCCGUUCCCGCUCCACUGGCUACGGCAUGGACAAGAUCUCAGCCAGGGACUACUCCGGGUAUCGCAGCCGAUCCUAUGAGAGGGACGACCGCUCCUAUCGAUCUGGCUACAGGGGGCGCCAUCCAACCCGACAAUACUCCGAAGAGGAGAGUCCCCUGAGUCCUUUGGGGAGGUUCAUGGGUUCUGGGCGAUCGUCAAGUUUAGGUCCCGACCCGUAUGACAGUCGCAGCGGUAGAUAUAAAUACUAUUAUGGCCAUUAUGGUUCCAGUCACUCGCUGCCAGAUGUUCAAGACCACAUAAGGGACCUUCCUCGGACACACGUCUACAAAUCGGAUGAUACAUACUUUAUAGACGAUUAUCAUUGCGCUGUGUCAGACAGCGAAGCCUACCAUCUUGGCCAAGAAGAAACCGACUGGUUUGAGAAGCCACGCUCCAGUUCUCGUCACUACGGUAGCAGCCACUCUGGGAGGAGCCGGCACAGUGUCAAACACACCUACCAUGAUUAUGAUGAGCCUCCUGAGGAGGACCUGUGGCCCCAAGAUGAGUAUGGCCACACAGGGCGACACUCAUCAUCUCGCGACCACAGACACCACGGCAGUUCUAGCCGCCAUUCUUCCUCCUCACGGCAUUCAGAUGAGCCUAGGUCCUCAAGAUCCUCUAAGGGGCACCCCAAAGACCCAUCUCUGCGCCAUGAUCCCUCAGGGAGAUCUUCAUCUUCAGGAAGACGUGUUGACUCAAGAUCCGGUGGGUACCACUCUUCCGACUACUCCCGCGACUCAUCUGGUCAUCAUCAUGGCCAGCGUUCCUCCAGACAGGGCGACCCACACAGGUCUUCACGUAGCAAGUCCCAGGGUCCAGUGGACAUGCAGGGGCAGCCACCAGGCUCCUCAAGGUCUGGCAGUGGCUCUGCUAGGGCUCAGGGAUCUGCUGGUGGGCCUACGGGAUCAGGACGGCAAGGUGGCCCGGGUUCCCAAACAGAUGGGGCUCCAGGACAGAGGGCUCAACUCCAGCAGCAAGCCCAGACUUCAGCAACCAGACCAGGGCAGCCCGGUGCCACAACGACCACCGCCUCCCAGCAGCAGCCCCAAGCUCAAGGACAAGGCAUGGGAAUGGGAAUGGGAAUGGGAAUGGGAAUGGGACAGGGCCAGGCCAAACCGGGGCAGAUGGGACCAGCAGGUGGACCCAUGGGCCAAGCCAGGCAGACAGGUCCAACAGGAACCACAACAUCCACUAUUCCCAAGAUCGACACACCUCCAGCAACAGCUAUUGGAGCAAAAGCAGCACCUGUCUUGGCCUCAAAGACUGCCCAGCCCCCGCUCACAGGCAUAGGCUCCAAAGCUGCUCCUAGACCUGGUGGUAUUGGCAGUGCUGCAGCAGGUCAACCGGGCAUGGAAGGAGAAGGCAUGUUUUCCAAGAUCCUGCCUGGAGGAGCCGCCGAGCAGGCCGGCAAACUGGGAGAAGCGAUCUCUGGUUUUGGCAAGAAGUUCACCUCUUUCUUCUGAGGUGCUAAGAUUAAGGACUAUUCAAACAGCCAUGAGGCCUCAUACCAGAAAAACCUGUUGUUCCCCCUGCUUUUAUUUUACUAAAAGAGAGAGAGAAAGGAGAGAGAGAGAGCGGGGAACAGAGAGGAGAGCUGAGCAAACUGCCAACAAGGACUGAAAUCCUCUGGAUGCUUCAUGUUACCAGCUUGAGCACACACUGGAAGAGAGAACGCACCGCUCUCUCUGACAGGCCAGACAGCUGAAGCAGGAAAGAGUUCUGAGUGAAUGAAAACAGGAUUUCUUGAGCAACACUCAGCGCUACUUUUUUCAAUGAAAGACCUCGAUCUCACAGAUAAAGUCCAAGCCAGCAUCCAUCUUCUGAAGGAGUCUCUUCAUCCAUCCGGCAGUCCCAGCCAAAGAAGCAGAUGUGAAUAUUGCAGAGCCAUGAACCAACCAACCUACAGUACUUCCAAAUCCAAAAGAGCAACUGGGAGCUAAAAUUGGUCCUUGCUUUUGGUUUUCCUUGGAGAUCUCCACAGCUCAGGAAGACAAGUGGAACCAACUGAGGCCCUCCAUGUAGAUUUAACACCAGUGGACAGAAAUAUGGUUGGUGUAUAUGGGUGAUGCAGUUCUAUUGUCAUGGGCUGAUGUUCAUUCCCGCUAACAGCGUAUAGGAAAUGCUGGCUUUACCAAGCUGGUGGCAUGCAGGAAUCCUUGCAUUCACAGUCCUUUGCUAAAACAAGGAAAAGUAUCAACCAAACUCCCCUCUCUCCUCUUUUCCGUCUCUUUUCGAAGUAAAGAAAGCGUGGGACAAACGGAUUAAACCGUUGAAGAACUGCAGGUUUUUCUGGUACUAAAGGCUUCUUGUUUGCUGACAAAAUGAAGAAAUGUCUCUCUGAAUGAAUUAGACGAUGACAAUGACGUGGCCGACACAGAGGGAGCGUGUUGGCAUGCAUUUCUUUCCACGGUUUGCUCUGUUUUUAUCUACAUUCCAGAUCGGAACUGUUCCCUCUUCCUCACCUCUCUGCAUUUCUUGAAUGCUGAUUCUUCUUUCUUUCCAGUCCCCGUCAAACGAUCCACAACUCGCCAUGUCUUUAAAGAAGUGGAUUAAAAAAAAGAAAAAAAAGAAAGGAAAAUGUAGAAAUUUGGAAUGCAUGGAACUUUAUAUCCAAGACCUUACACUGUUCAUCGUUACUUAACAGAGGCCAUAAAGACACUGGAAACACAUCGACAUAAACAGUAACGAAAAAGAGAGAUUACUGAAGCAACACACAAGAAUCCGGCCACGGGAAUAAGAGGAGCAUUUACUUUUAUUGUGUUUUUGUUGUUGUUUGUUAUGUUCGGUAUGUAGAAUGAAGCUAUAAAUGGUUGGAUUUUAUUUAUUUAUUUUUUUUAACCAGCCAUUGCAAAGCCAUUAAGACAAUAUCAGCCUGCAGUGCUUGUGGCAAUCUCCGCAAAAUUUGUUUCUCGGAUACUGCUCGCGUUGUCGUAGGUGGUUGUCACUUUAGUUGAUUUCUUUUGAUUUAUUUAGUUUUCUAAUGUAUUUUUUUUUUUUUAAAUUUGCCUGGUUUUAUGUUGCAGGUUACCAGUAUCGCCUUAAUCAUUUUUAAAUGUUUUAUUUUCAGGUAACAGUGGCAUACUUUUUUAUGACAUCCUGUAAACACAUCAUCCGUCACAUCCUUUGUUUUUUUAAUGUAGUAACAUCAGCUGGAACACUGGCCACAGAGAGAUUAAUUUCUAUUUUUUAAAUUGACAUUGUUUUGAUAAUUUUUUGUGAUAUUAUUUUUCAUUUAUUUAUUUUGUAUUGUUUUUUUUACCCCCUUCCAUUUGAUUUUUCCUGACUCUUUAUUUAUUGCGAAUAACUUUAAAAGCAAUAGGGCAAGAGGCGAUGAAGUAAAGAGCACAAUCAUGUGUCAUUUCAAGAGUUGGUGGAAUAGAAAUGUGUUGCCUCCGUCUGUCUAACUUACCACCGAUGUCUGACUUAAAAGUAAAAUUCACUCUUUACACUGCUGUGCCAGAGAGCAGGAGUUUGCCUGAUCGCCACAAGUCCGCCCAGAUCUUUCCCUCCGACCGGCAGUAACCUGUUUUGGAGUGUUACACUGCUACAUAAGCCAGCUGGAGUCUGAUCGAAAAGCACUGCAGGGCAGCACAGAGGCACUCGAAAAGCAGACCAGUCCACACACUGAGGCAGAGCUGAACUUGACGUCAUUUCCCGUCGGGAGUCAGGGGAAGGGGGAGUUGUUUGUGCCCGAGGACGAUUCUUCCGGCCACUUCAACGCUCCUUUUAAGGAGGCUGGAAAAGGCUCAUCCGAGCUCUUCGCACUCGAGUUUUUGUCAGCAUGCGCCUUCACUCUGUCAAAUGUGCACAGCGCACAUGAAAGCACACUCUAAACGGUGUCAAAAAGGGAAAAGAAUUGUGACUGAAGAACCAAAAAUUAACACACUUGGUUGUGUCACACAAAGUCACUUGCCUCCCCCCCCACCUUUAACUUUCUAUCGUUGGUGGCAUCGACAACUCUACCCCCCUCCCCCCCAAAAAACCCCUCUCUCUGAGACUGCCAGCUGUCAAGGAAUUUUCUCAGGUCAGUGUUCUCCCUGCUGUUGCUCCUGCAGUGUAUUGUGGGGUCUGUGGUAAGGUACUCAAAAUGUACUCUGUCAGGCCAAUCAUUGCGAGGCCCUCAGCAAAACUAAAUGGAACCAACCAACUUCUGCUGUAUAUUGUCUGUGUGAACGCUCGCUGGGAACCUUCGCAUGCCUCCCGGCGCAGAAAACCUCAGUCACCUCUAUAUCGUUCUGUUCCUAAUGUUUGUACGUGUGUGCGGGUUCUGUAUGCGUGUAUUUAACAACCAUCAUCUAAUGUGGAGGGGAAAGGAACAUAAAAAAACCUUAGAAAAAUCAUGACAACCACGAGUUUAAUCACGACAAAUAUGGUGGGCAGAAGAGGCGACCUCUCAUCUCCAGUCGUUCUAUGCAAUGAAUCAUAUUUGGAAAAUCACGAGGAGGAAAAGGCAAGUGAAACACAGAUGCGGGGGAAAAGUCACACGUGUUUUUUUGCAUAUCACGUUUGUUUUGAUAUUUGUUGUAGAUUAAUAUAAGAGGAGUCUGUGAAAUUUGUGUAUGAAACUGGUUACUUGUAAAGGAAAUCUGAAGAUGGAUCUUUCUCUUUUUUUCAUGUUAACCUGAUAUGUUUGGGGUACCGUUCUGCAACCAAAGAUGUAUUCAUGGCAGCUGGGAAAUUACACCUGUGAUUUGAACAAAAUAUGCUGCUUGAUGAGUUAGAUGCAUCAGGCUGUUCUCUAUCAAAUGUUAAGCAAAGCUGAUGAAGUGUGCAAUUUCAUAUUUUUAUACAAAUAUGUGGCUUUUCUUUUUUCCAGCCAAUCAGUAGCUCACAUAGAGAAGAGUCAAAACCUGCUUACCAAUGAACACCAACCAAAAAAUUAGCCGAAAUGGAAGGAGAGCGCAGCAGGUGCAGAUAUUUGAAAACUAUUUAGCAGGGACUCAAAAAUCCCGGUUGUCAUGAACGCAUCCAAGCAAUCCAUGUUUAUAAAGGAAAAAUAGAGAAUUAACAGAUUAUAAGAGACAGAUUAUGAUACUUCAAUAUAUUCCUUAAAAUGGUGUCUGCUCAGGGGUAAAGAAGAAAAGAUCUCCCUUUUUUAAUUUAAUAACCAGACCCAGAAUUCUUAUUAGCUAGCUACCUAAUGUGCAAUUGUAGUUUUGUUUUUUUCAGAUAAUGAAGCACCAAAAAUUUAAGGAUAUAGAUAUAGCAAUUUAAAGUGCAGAUGUAUAAUUAUUACAAAACCUAUAGAUUAUAUUUAACAAAAGAAACUGCUGUAGGCUAUGAAGUUAAACACUAUUCAAAGCAUUCCUAAAUGAAUUUAAGCAGUGAAACAGGGGAGUUUGUGUACGUGUGUGUGGCGUGUGUGUGUGUGUUUGGUUUGCACUGGUAGCAGCUUAUUAGAGCAAGUUAUAAAAGAAUCUAUUUAUUGAAAUUCAGAUUUAAAGAGUUGGUUUAUGCAGUAUCAAAGUAUCCCUUAACUAUAAAUUCCUUUGAAGUCUUAUUUGAGCAGGGCCUCACAAGAAGCUAGUAUAUGUAUAUAUUGUUUUUAUUUUCUGAAACAUUUAUCGUUUAUAGAUGAUUCGUCUAUGUAAGAGUUUAUUUUAUCAUACAGAGCGGGUAUAGAAAGCGAGCUGGCAUUAGGAAAAAGAGAGAUUUAGGUUUAAAAUCUAUAGAUAUAUCGAUGAGAAACUGUGUUUGUACAUAUGUCGCCUAUGUGUUUUUUCACCACGGGUCUUCAGCCUCACUCUAAGUUGCACAUUAAGUGCGUGUAACCCAAACAGAAGCGAUCGCGGAUGCGCUGCCGUCGGAUCGGUGACUUCACCGAGAAAAGAUUCAGAUUAGGCUUCAACGAACAAUAUGAGAGAGAGUUUAACGUUACCCAAGUUAAUACCAACUUCCACUAUUGUACAGUAUGUCGUAUGUUUUUGGAAGUUUGUUUAAAAAAAAAGAAAAGAAAGAAAAAAAUCAAAUAAAAUGUUGAAUAAAACAAUCCUCAAUCACUUUUGCCUCAGGAAAGCACACAUUAAAGGCAGCAUCGCAACGGAGAUGUUCAGAAGACAACAGAUAAUAAUGGGUGUGUUUGUGCAGGCGCAGUGAAAGCAGAUCGCUUACGACACCGGUGAAAUCGUGGCUGCUGCCGGUCAGAGGGAGUCUGUAAUAUUUGGAGCACAUAAAUCCCAGGAACUGUGAAAACGUGUUCGUGGCGGUUUCUUUUUUCUUUUUCUUUUUUUUGCUCCAGCCGCUGAAGGUGACUUAAAUAUGCAUAGCAGCAAGGGCUUUUAUACUAAUAUACUGGUCAUUGAAGAAAGCCAUCCUGUUACUGCCCUCUAGCCAGUCGUGGUCUCUGUCUAUACUCUGCGUGGUGUGCGUCUAUAACCAGGAAUGCAAUGGACUUCUGUUCAGACCACAGCAAUCACCAGUGGGCAAAAAUAACCAAGCCACAGCUGGGUUUUUCAAUGGCGUUUGAAGCACAAUUGUAGACAAUAUUAGAGAUAGAUAAAACUCUGAGGGUUGUGUUCCAAAUCGUGAAUGAAAUCUGCUGUGGGGACUUCCUCCAAACAGAAAAAUCUGGAGUUUUUCCUCAAUGCCAGGAGCAGGAAUGUUAUUUCAAAUGACCGUUUGGAACAAAACUCUAGUAGUUGGAUAGAGAACAGAUUUACAGACGUGAAGCUAAACGAGAGGUUUCUUCCACCACAUCUGCGACGUGUCUUUGAAUCUGAAACAUCUCAGCAAUAAAGCUGCAUUUACGCACAGUCAGACAAUCUGGACCUUUAACCCUUUGUGACAUUGAUCUGUAUCUGAAUUGGGCGUAAAUGUACUUGCUGUAACUACAAAUCUUUUAACUUAACGACAGAGUGCCACAGAGAGUUAUAAACACAGUGUCUCUGUUUCAGCUGUCUUUAAAUGCAGCUUAAAAUGCUUUUGGGAAAUCCAGACUGUGUGUGUGUGUAUGUGUGUGUGCGUGCGUUCCCGCGGGUGUGUGCUCUCAACCAAAAAAGGUAGCAUGCAGUGCUUGUACAGAGCAUAGUGUAGUAACAGUCACCACUGGUCUUGCUGUUGGUCAUGAAGACAGUGAGCGUAUAGUAGGACCCUAGAUCGAUUUUAAAACACAAAUAUAUAUAUAAAAUGUAUAGUGUGUGUAAAUGUCUCAUGGGUGAGAGGCUGUAAAAGAAGCUAAAUGCCGAAACAAAUGAAACCACGAGAGAAAAGUCCAUCUUUCACUGUAAAACCAUCAGGGAUCAUUUAUUGUCAUCUUUUACCUGUAUGAAUCAUUAAAGUUAAAAAAAAGGACAAGUGCAUGACCUGGACACCUGCCCUAACCCGACCUAACUACUCCCCCCACCCCCUUUUGACCAUACGAACCCCUUCGACCUUUGACCUCCCACUUCACGGGUUGCCACGUCGUGUUUUUUUUCCAGUGUAAAUAUCACACGAGAGCCGGCUAGAGUCCGCUUCGAAACAGACACCAACAACAUGUAAAUGCCAUGUAAAUCUCAAACAUACACACACACGCGCGCACGAGAGGCACGAGAGAGGCGUUUGCACACCAAAAACGGCAACACAAGCUGGAGCGUAUGCAAGCCGGAAACUCCCUGCCCAGACUCGUGCUACUUGUGUAUAAAAACAACGAGAGAACAUAAGAAACAAGAUCAGAUGUUGAUUUGAUCAAUAAAACGACAAAAUGCAUCGUUGUGCGUAUGUGGCUGGCUCGUGCGGACUGUUUAAAACUCAUUUAAAAAAAAAAAAGUUGUAUUCGGAUAUGAGAAAAAAUAAACAUAUUGGUCUGUGUAGAGUUUCUAUACAUGUCGUGUUUGUAAAAUGAGAACAUCAAAAUCAAAAAAGGGAAAAAUAUCCUGGCUUCCAUGUGACUUUUGAGGUGGGGUGGGGGGGAUUUUAUGGAGAUGGAGAGAGAGGGUGAACUGGACAUUGGAAAUGUGUGUGUAAAAAAUUAAAAUAAUUAUAAAAUAAUGCAAUUGAAUGAAGUAAAAAAAUAAAAUACAGAAAAAGGUGGAGAGCCUAAAAAUGAGUACAAAGUGUUCCAUUCACUGUUGUAAGUGCAAUGAGCUAAACUUCCUGUUUCCCCAUUGUAAAACCUUGUGUAUGUUUCCGUGUAUUCCUCCUGUAAAUGGGUGUAGUAGACCUGGUGCAUCAUGCCAUGUAAUGUGAUGAAUGACAAAUUAUGACCUUACAAUACAUUUCAAUCAGGAAAUAUAAAUAAAAAAACAAAAACAAAUACAUUAAAAAUGUG